CUCGCCGGGAUCGUCGUGCAGCCCCGGCGCGACGAGGAAGCCGAGGCGCGCCGCCGCAUGGAGACCCUGCUCUGCAGCGCCUUCGCCCCGCACAGCGCCUCCGUGGAGGUGCACACGGCCGUGUUCUGUCCCAGCCGCCCCGAGGGCACCCUGGACCUCCAGCUCGCCGCCAGCGGAGCGCACAAGGGCGCGUCGCCGGGCUGUGUCCCCCUAGUGGAUCGGGCGACCCAGACGAUGGGAAUAUGUGAAAACCAGUGACAGACCGGGCAUCACAGCCAAGGUGUCUUAAAGAGGAAAAGCCCACAGGGACCUAGGAACACACCAGCAAGCAGGUGCCUGAAGGAGGCGCUCGGGGCGCAGAAUCGUGGGCGUCCAAGUUUCCACAGGCCCCGAGGCCAGCGUUCACCAGGUGCCCAGGUCCGUGAGGGGCACGGCAGCUGCCCUCCACCCAUCCCCAGGAGCCGAGGAGGAGGGAGGACAGCAGGCUGGUGUCGGCAGAGAAGACUGUCCCCAGCACCCUGCCGUGGGAGCCACCCUGGCUUUUGUGACCUCACAGGAGGGGUGUGGGUGACCGUUCCCUGUGGGCCCUGGGCUCAGAGGGAUGCCAGAGCCUCCCCGCAGGGCAGGGGCACACGGCCCCUCGGGGAGGGAGCCAGGAGGUUAGGCAGCUCCAUGUAGGUGCACGUUUAGGUGAGGAGGACCCGCCAUGAAGAAGGGCAAGAGGCAGAAGUCAGAGGCCAGGCGCCGAGGCUCCACCUCCCAGCGCGCCAGCUCCGAAUCCAGCCCUCAGCAGCAGAGCUCGGAGUCCAGUUCACAGCAGCCCAUCUCCAGAUCCAGCCCGCAGCCGCCCAGCCCCCGGCCCACCUUGCAGCCGUCCAGCCGGGGACCCACCCCGCAGCCAACCAGCUCUGGAGUCACCUCACAGCCCAGCAGUGAAUCCACCGCCCCGCAGCCUGUGCCCCAGGCUCUCCCGGCUCCCGAACUCAGACGCUCGGCUCGGGGCGUUGUGUCUCCGGACACUGACACAAAAGCAUCCCCUCGAUCCAGGAAAACAGCAGGGCCUGUGACGCGAGCGGGCCCGCGCCCCUUCUGUUCCUGUUCCGCUUGCCCCGGCAGCUCUGCUUGCUGGCGUCGUCUGGGCCCGUGCCAUAGCCGCAUCUUCGAUGUCCUUCUGCCCCUGGCCUGGCCGCCCAUGCCAGGGAGAAGAUUCCCAAACUUCCUCACCUUCUACAGGUGUAGUAUGUGGUUUCCUCAGAUGCCUCAGCCCCAGGAUAGAGCUACAUGGUAGGACUACUUCACGGGAUGGUUGUGAAGCUUGAGGAAGACACUGGGUGUGAGGUGUUUAGCACAGGGCCUGGCACACGGCAGCAUUGACUACCUUUGUCACCUUCUCUCUGAGUGUCCAGGGGAGCUGGCAUCCCAGGCCAGCCCAUCCUCGGAUCCUGGGGGGUCCUGUGGUAGAGCUUUAUUGGGAGGGGUGCAGAGAGUUGUGUUCCCUUGAGAGGAGGAGCCAUAGGGGGAGAUGGACAUUCCUGUGAUCCUGAGGGGACCCCACAAUUUCCACUUUCCUCUGCAUAUAGACAGGCACUAAAUCCCAGCUGCCCCCCAACCUGUGGGCUUUCUGCUUUGCUUUGCAGAAGACCUGCAAGUAAACAUUCCACUCAUCGUAAUUCGCGUGCUCCGAGCCCUCGGGACUGUUGCUGUGGCUCUGGGAGCCCU